AUGCCUGCCGUGGACUCUCUGCUGAUUGAAAAUCGAACGUGUUCAAGCGACUUUGGCACUGAUUGUGCUCACCACGACCUUGACAAGUGGCAUUCGGGCGCGGUACUUUCACAGUCGAUGCGUGUACAUGCACCGUGAGAACAGGCCUGAACUAAGUGAUGCUGUGUCACGCUCUCGCGAGUGAUUGUUGUCUGACUGAACAGUCGCAGUCACCUAGGCGGGGUGCGCACCAAUCUAUCGGGAGUUCAGGAGGCAAUAACCUUCAGGAGAGAUUACUUAGUGCUAGUAGAGCAAGAGGAUCUGAAUAUCUCUUAUCGUGGCUGACAGGACCUGAGCCCGGGGGAUGAUGAUGAUGAUGAUGAUGAUGAUGAUGAUGAUGAUGAUGAUGAUGAUGAUGAUGAUGAUGAUGAUGAUGAUGAUGAUGAUGAUGAUGAUGAUGAUGAUGAUGAUGAUGAUGAUGAUGAUGAUGAUGAUGAUGAUGAUGAUGAUGAUGAUGAUGAUGAUGAUGAUGAUGAAUAA